GAGAGUAGUCAGAGUGGUUGGCCUGCUUUGAGGUUUGCAAUGGGGAUAAUAGAGAUAUUUCUUUGCCUUUUUGUUGGGCAUUCUGUGGCUGUUCAGUCAGUGAUAAAAGAGCAGGAUGCCACAUUUCCCCAGAGUUUUCCAGGAUUUUUUGAAAGUCUCAGGCCUUUUCCGUUUGAAAGAAACUUUGAUUUCACUCCAUAUGACACCAUCUUCAGCUCCUGGCGAACCCGGACCCCUGACUUUCACUGGCUCGCUGAAUUCCCUCCCAUCAUGGACGUUCCCAGAGUGCAGGUGUUUUGCGAUGAAUCUCGGCUAACUGUGUUGGUUGAUAAGAAAUCCUAUGGUGUCAUGCUGACUGGAGAGGAGAUACAGUUGGGUGAUGGCUGCUAUAGCAACGGAGAGCGACCAAAUCAAUUUGUCUUCACUUACGGUGUUGAUGAGUGUGGAACUGCACAAGAGCUGCUGAAUGGCUUGAAGGUGUUCACUAACACUCUCCACUUGAAUCUCAAAAAACCUCCACCCAACUGGUGGCAAACUCCUUCCACAGUGCACGUCUCCUGCUUUUCAAAGAGGUCUUAUGAUAAUCCAGGCUUCUUUGACUCAAUGGCACCUUCCGAGAGUGGCAAAGGCUUUAAUAUCAAAGCCAUGAAUCCAUCCUGGACCAGUGCUGCUGACUCAAAUGUCUAUACCAGAGGCCAGGUUGUCAACCUCCAGGUUUCUGCCAAAACCAGGCCUGACCAGAAGCUUUCCAUCCUGUCCUGCUUUGUCUCUUCCUCCCCUGAGCCUCAGACCAAACCUCGGCAUGCAGUCAUACUGAACCGAGGGUGCACAGCCCCGUUGGGUUCUCUUCACCCUGUCGUACAGUUCGUGGUCUCCGGCAGAGGGGAUGUGGUUCAUUUAGCUCUGAACACAUCUUAUCUCAUUUCUGAGCUGUACAUCCACUGUAGCGUGCUCAUCUCAGACCAGGUUGCCAGUGUUGGCUCCAAAUCCUGCAACUACAAUGUAAUCCAGUCAAGAUGGGAGGACCUGAGUGGAGAUGUUGAGGUGUGUGAGUGCUGUAGCUCAAAGUGUAAAGGCCCAUCAGUCAGACACCUUCCUGAAGAUGCCAAGGCUAUAGUGAGCACUGGUCCCUUUGUCAUUGUGGACAAAGACACAGAGAUGAGCACCGUCUCUGAACCACACGAAACCACCCCUACCCCUGUUCCUGACCCCACGGUGUCUGGUGCUGCGGUGACGGAGGACACAAGUGUGUCUGCUUCUGUAUCAAGCAAGUUCUCCUCUCCCCCUCAAGGUGUGGUGGUUCUGAGUCAGGACCCAGUUGCCAGACUGACCCUUUGGCUACCCGGAGAGGUGCAGGAUAUUGGUCCUGAGUCUAAAGACAGUUGGACAGUUCAGCUAAAGGCAAGUGAUGUAGUAUCAAACGACCUUCCUGUGCCACAACCUUCAACCACAGAUAAGGAGUCUCAUGAGCUAAACCAGAUUGAUUUGAAACAAAUGGGAGAUCUGAGCUGGCUCAGAUGCAGGCAGAUGCAGCUGUGACGCCCCGCGAAGGAACAAAUGACAUCCAACCAGUAAUUCGCACAAAACUCCAAUUUGCCAAAGGUGUGGAUGGGUCACACACACUGAGUUAUGAGGAAGAGGUGGUGAAGCAACAAGGAGAAGGUGUGAUCAGAAGAUAUGGGACGGAUUGGGUUAAGAAACAGGAGCCCAGGCAGAGGGGGCUGCGCUCAAUUUUCCUGGAUUUGUUGAGGAUGAUGGACAAAGCAGAAUAACUGCUAUCUUAAUAUUUUAUGAUUGUAUAUCAGCUGAAUAAACUUAAACCAUGAGCAAUA